UGACUACUUGUUUAAGAUUUUGUUGAUAGGCGAUUCUGGUGUUGGAAAGUCUUGUUUGUUAUUACGAUUUGCUGAUGGCAAUUAUACGGAUAGUUAUAUCUCUACGAUAGGAGUAGAUUUUAAGAUUAAGACGAUAAUGUUGGAAGAUAAAAAAGUGAAGUUACAAAUU